GCAUAAUGCCCGUCCCAUCCGCUUGCCUGCGGGUUUCCUGAAGCCAGCAGCGGCUGAAGUCCGCCCGGCUGUCCCAGCGAGGGGUCACCAUGUUAGCCGCGGCGGUAAGCAGCGUGUUGGCCGGGCUGCUGGCCCUCGCCGUCUGCCUGAGGCUGGCUCUCCCCUUCUUCUGGCUGGACCUCAUGUACUACUGGAAACUUCGGAGGUGCGGGAAGAAGUUGGCGGCUCGUAUGCAGCGAGGAAUCCUCACGUAUCUCGACUGUUUUCUGGACCAGGCGAGACAGACGCCGAACAAAGCCUUCAUCAUCUUCGGAGAGCAGACCCUGACGUACCGGGACGUGGACCGGAGAAGCAGUCGGUUCGCGAGCGCGUUCAGGACGGAGGGCUCCGUGAAACAGGGAGACAUUGUUGCGCUGUUGAUGUCCAACGAGCCGGACUUCGUCUGUGUGUGGCUGGGACUGUGUAAGCUGGGCUGCGAAGUGGCCUUUCUCAACGGGAACGUUAAAGCCAGGUCCCUGGUGAACUCCGUCCGCAGCUGCGGGGCCGCGGCGCUGGUCGUCGGCGCAGAUUUGGUGGCUUUGGUGGAGGAGGUGCUACCUGAUCUGGAGCAGGACAACAUGGCGCUGUGGCUGGUGGAUCACACGGCACCGUCAGACCAGUUCACCACUCUGCUGGAUAAGGCGGAACACAUGUCUGGAGAAACCUUACGGGACCUUCCUAAAGUUGACCUCAUGUCCAACUUUCUCUUCAUUUUUACUUCAGGCACCACAGGUCUCUCCAAAGCAGCUCGGGUGGGUCAUCUCAAAGCCAUCAUCAGCAUGACCUUCUUUCAGAUGUGUGGAGCCACAUCUGAUGACAUCAUCUACAUCACCCUUCCUCUCUACCACAUGUCUGCUUCCCUGUUAGGGAUCGGGGGAUGCAUACACCUUGGCGCGACGUGUGUGUUAAAAAAGAAGUUUUCUGCCAGUCAGUUUUGGUCGGACUGUGUGAAACACAACGUGACGGUGGUGCAGUACAUAGGAGAGCUCUGCCGGUACCUGUGCAACCAUCCCACGGUUCCUGAGGAGCGAGCUCACCGUGUCCGGCUGGCAGCAGGAAGCGGCCUCAGGUCAGAUGUUUGGAAGGAGUUUGUCAAACGAUUUGGAAAGAUCCAGAUCAGAGAGGGCUACGGCCUGACCGAGGCCAGCGUCGGCUUCCUCAACUACACCGAUGAGGUCGGACCAAUCGGGAGGGCCAGCUAUUUCAACAAGCUGUCUAUGCCCUUUGAGCUGCUGAGAUAUGACCCACAAUCCUUUGAGCCAGUCCGGACCGACUCUGGAAGAUGCAUACGAGCACAAAUCGGAGAGGCAGGGCUCCUGGUCGCCCCUCUGACAGCUAUGAACCAGUUCCUGGGCUACGCUGGGAACCAGGUCCAGUCUGAGAAGAAGUUGCUCCGGGACGUCUUCAAAGCUGGGGAUGUCUAUUUCAACACGGGAGACCUCCUGGUCCACGAUCACAGGGACUUCCUUCACUUCCAUGACCGCAUCGGAGACACCUUCAGGUGGAAAGGAGAGAACGUGUCCACCACAGAGGUGUCGGAGGUCUUCGGUCUUCUGGAUUUUAUCCAGGAGGCCAACAUCUACGGAGUCACCAUACCAGGAUAUGAAGGUCGCGCAGGCAUGGCUGCUAUCGUCUUAAAACAGGAUCACAAAUUAAACGGAACCAAACUCUACAACCAUUUAGUAGAAACACUUCCUCCAUACGCCUGGCCGCGCUUUCUCCGAAUCCAGACCUCUCUGGACGUGACGGAGACCUUCAAGCAGCAGAAGGGGAAGCUGGUCCAGGAGGGUUUCAACCCGGACGUCACCCAGGAUCCUCUGUACUUCUUAGACGUCUCCCAGAAGGACUAUGUUCUCCUGACUGGACGUCUGUAUCAGGACGUUGUGUCUGGGAAGACCAAAUUAUAGACGUGUUGGGACAGGUUCAUGCAGGAGUACAGCGAAAGAUAAGCCACAUUUCCACUUGACUAGACUUAAAACCCUGCCUCCUAGCCCCUUUAAACAAACAUGUAGCAACCAUUUUCACAGUUUGCAUCAGGGAUGUAUAAUAUUAUCCGAAAUUGAGUCUGUUGAGUUCAAUGGAGUUGCUCUCUUGGCGCAUACCCCCCAAACGUUUCUAAGCGUCCGGGUUUAAUUUUGGGAAAAUGUGACCCACUGAAUCUGUGCAGUAGUAUUUCUCCGCUGACCCACCAACUUUACAUAGUGCUGAUGUCACAGGUUUUUUCUCAGCUCGAGGGAAGGUUAUCAGAUAUGAAAAGUGUAUGGAUUGAAAGGAGUCAUGUUGGCGAUGAAGAGCUACAGGAUAGUGUAGGUAUAGAGUAACAUCCUCUCUGGCUGCAGGGGGAUUUCUCCACGCAGUGGCCACUGGAAAGAAUUUGGCUGCAAGGCUGAGUUCCCUUCCUGGACACCUGGUUUGAAUACGUCAACGUUAUUUUCUUCUUUUUUUUUACUAAUAAUUCAGCCAUGGCUUUAAGCACCUGCUCUUCAGAAAUGGUCAAGACAAGUGGCUGCUUUUUAUUUAUUAUUGGACCUCAGCACUACCAGCACAUGUUUCACAUUAAAGAGCAAUAUUCUAUAGUUUAGUUUAGUGUAAAUGUUCAUACCAGGGUUUCUGCUGGGUCUUAAAAAGUCUAAAAUGAAUUUAUAAAAAAAAAUUUAGGCCCUAAAAAGUCUUAAAGUCCUAAGUAACUUUCAACUGGUCUUAAUUAUCUUAUGUCAAUGUAACGCUGCCUCUAAAGAAAUGUUCCUGCAGCGCUUUCCAAUGUCUCUGUUUAAUUCUGUGGUGUUGUAGUCCAAAUAAAACUCGCUGUAUUGUGACUACAAAUGAGAGCAGCAUGCUGCAGCCGAUCCAGACCCCAGUCCUAUAAUGCCAAAGAGGGAACUGUUUCAGACAAUACUUCUGGACUAGGACGUGUGACUAUGAUGUCGUGAUGGUCUUAAGUGUCAUUCAUAAUGGACUUAAAAAGGUCUCAAAAAGUCUUAAAGUUGACUUGAUGACACGUGCAGAAA